UGAGUAGCGAAAACAUUUCGCGGUGUUCACUUCGACUGUUGCAAGUAAAAAUCAUGAAUUGUCGCAUUUUCUAUGGCAAGCUGCUAGUCGUCAUAGCUCUCUUGGUUGCCGAAACCGUACAGAGUGACGAUGACGCCGCAACCAAGCCGACGACUCUCGAACUAGUGCCCACGCCACGCAUACUCAGUGGUUCAGAUGCGCUGCCGGGUCAAUUUCCUUACGUUGUAUCGGUGCGCGUAGGUGGACAACACAGCUGCGGUGGCACCAUUAUUUCGCAGAAAAGUGUCCUAACUGCAGCACACUGCGUUUACAGCCUACUACCACACUUCCUAACGGUGCAGGCCGGUUCGGUGAAUCGCAGUGAUGGCGGCGUUGUUGUCAAUGUCACACAAGUACUUUCACAUCCCAAUUUUUUGGAUUACAACAACGACAUUGCUAUACUGAAACUUGAAACAGCGUUACCAUACAACAAUCUCAUACAACCAAUUCCGGUGGCUACCAAUGAUGUGCCCGAUGAUGUGGGCGUUAAUAUUGCCGGUUGGGGACGUUCGGGUGAACAUAACGUGCAGCCCGAAAUCUUAAAAUACAGUCGUGCGCUGCGCACGAUAAGUAAUGAGGAAUGUGCCCGUGAAAUGGCACCGGUUAGUCCGUCUAUACUGUGCUUGGCCAAGAACUCGGGCAAUGGCAUUUGUGGUGGUGAUGCUGGUGGGCCCGCCGUUUACAAGGGUGUACUGGUUGGCAUUGCGAGCUAUCAUCUAACGAUUUGCGGUGCCAAUACACCAGAUGGUUACACCAAGGUGUCCUAUUAUAAGGAUUGGAUCGCUGAAAACUCUUGCUCGGGAGUUAAAAUGUGAAAAAUCCGCUAAUUUUAUACUAACAAAAGAUAUGUGAAUAUAAAAGUGACGGCAAUAAAGCAAAUUAAUAUGUAUAUAUAUA